AGCCGCGAGCAGAGCGCGGGCAGCGCGGAGCGGGCGGCGGGAAAGCCAUCCCCGCUAGGCCCGGGACCCGCACACCCGCUGGGCCGGGGAGAGGCACGGGGCCGCGCGCAGGUGAGGACCCGCCGCCCGGACCGGGGACGUCCCGGAGCGCAGACUGGCCGGCUCGAGUCCGAGGUGCGCCGAGGCGGAGGACGCGCCCACCGGCCCCGAGACCUCGGGUCGAGCCCACCCGGCUCUGGGGUCCUCGGAGGAGGCUGUCGGCCGAGGAGGCAUCCGCCGGGAGCCAGCGCCUGGGGAGCGGCCCCCGCACGAUCCCUGCGGGCACGGAGGGAGCCGCGGCGCGCCGCCAUGCGCGGGGCGCUGUAGCCGAAGGUGCGGGCCCGAUGGAGCGGGCCGGCGCGCGGGAGCUGCUCGGUGGCUACGGCCCGCCGGCGCUCCGGCUCGCGCUGGCGCUGUUGCUGCUUCUGGCGCGGCCGCCGUCGGGCGGCGCGGGGGCCCCCGAAGCGCAGGAGGCCGCGGCCCCAAGCACGGCGGCCCCGGCCGGCGGCGACCGCUGCCGAGGCUACUACGACGUGAUUGGCCAGUGGGACCCGCCCUUCAACUGCAGCUCGGGCCCCUACAGCUUCUGCUGCGGCACGUGCGGCUACCGCUUUUGCUGCCACGACGGGCCACGGCGCCUCGACCAGAGCCGCUGUUCCAACUACGACACGCCGGCCUGGGUGCAGACCGGCCGGCCGCCGGCGCCCCGAGACCCCGCCGUGCCCCGCGACCCGGGCCGCGAGCGCAGCCACAUGGCGGUGUACGCGGUGUGCGGCGUCGCCGCGCUGCUCUUGCUGGCCGGCAUCGGGGUGCGCCUGGGCCUGGAGAAGGCGCACAGUCCGCGCGCGCGGCGCACGGUGACCAGGACACUGACUGAGCUUCUGAAGCAGCCUGGCCCGCAGGAGCCACUGCCUCCCCCUCUGGGUCCACCUGUGGGCAGCUAUGUCCAGGUGCAGAUGGGCGAUGGCCUCCCCCGGGGCUCCCCCCACAACAGCACAGACAAGAAACGCCACAACGGGCCCCUGGGGUCGGUGGCGACCCUGGGACCCCAGCGUGGUCCCCGGCUGCAGGGCGGCGGCAGCAGCAGGACGCUGCAGCCCGACUACGCUACUAAGUACGCCACCCUCAAGGCAGCCGCGCUGAAGCCCUCAGAGGCCUCCCCGCAGGACUUCUACCAGCAUUUUCCGGCGCCCGCCCCCGCCCCACUGACCCUGCCGGCGCGCGCCCCGCGGCCCCCCGAGGACUUGCCCGCGCUGCCUGACGCCUGCCCGUGGGCCCCUCCAGGCUACGCGCCCCCCGCCGGCCCCGCCCCGACGGGCCACUGCAAGGCCUGGACCACCAGCCGCCUGGCCCGGCCUGCGCCCCGCGGCCACCUGGCGGCUCAGGCGUCCCCUGCUCCCCCGCGGUCCGGCCGCCCGCCCCGGCGCCAGUUCGGCGUGAAGAAGCUGCCAGAAGGCUUUGGCACGCAGCCCCCCGGCCUUUACGGCUGCGCGGGCCCUGCCCCCGGGCACCUGAGCACCAACAGCAAAGCCGAGGUCACCGUGUGAAGGCGGGGCUGUUGGCUCUUCGGAGGCAUCGCGUCUACCAGGGAUCCGCCGUCGGCCUGGCCCAGGGGCCCAGGCCACAAGGGGCAGGGGCACCGCCAGCCUUUCUGCCUGGCCGAACCGGACCGGGGCCCUUGGAGCCCUCAGGGCUAAGGAGGGGCCUGUCCUGGGGGCCCUGGGGCCCAGGUUCCUCGUGUAAAUAAACCGUACUCUGUGGCUCCCACCCCUGAGAAUAAAGGAGCCCCAGCUUGGGUCUGAGCGGAGCUGA